UAAGCUGUCAAACGAUUGUUGAUGUUUGCUGAUCGGCGCCUCGUUUGUAAAAACAUUAUACCGAAGCGCGAUUCGCGAUACUUACUAUUUCAGAACAGAAAUCAUCAUUUAGUGUAUUUAGUGGUGCAAAACAUAAUUUAAGCAAUCAUCUAACCACAGCACAGAGAACGAUGUAUCUGCACGAUUAUUUAAACAAAAUAAUGCGCGUGUGGAAUGCAUACGAGGGCCAGGCAGUGGCCCGCUUCCUUUCGCUCCAAGAUUUCCACGUGAACGAACCCAACCUGUACAAGGAAAACCCAGACGCUGCCGUUAGCCGACAACUACCAUCGCCACUGGAUGAAAUUGUGUCCGCCCAUCUGAAAGCCGUCUACCAUCUGAUGCGUUCCGAUGCACCAAACUACACCGAAGCGUACCGCCACCAAACGAGCUGCAUACAGGCGGUGGUAAAGCUGCUGCAGCAGAUGAAGGAAGAAAAUUGGAUCCUGCCAAUCAUGUACGUCGUCUCGAUCGAUCUGCGCCUACUGGCGACCAAAUGUGAGCAGCAAACGAAAAGCUCCAAGUGUGGGGAAAUUCUCGAAAAGGCAGCCGAAAGUUUAAUGUCAUGCUUUCGGGUGUGCGCUGGCGAUACGCGCUCGUCGGACGAAGAUACCAAGCGGCUCGGUAUGCUGAAUCUGGUCAACCAGCUGCUGAAGGUGUACUUCCGCAUCAACAAGCUGCACCUGUGCAAACCGCUGAUCCGUGCGAUUGACAGCUCUAACUUUAAGGACAGCUUUACCCUGGCGCAACGCAUCACGUACAAAUACUUUGCCGGCCGGAAGGCGAUGUACGAUUCGGAUUUUAAAAAUGCGGAAGAAUACCUUAGCUUCGCAUUCGACAACUGUCCGCGGCGGUUCACGAAAAACAAGCGGCUUAUAUUGAUCUAUCUAACGCCGGUCAAGAUGCUGCUCGGGUAUAUGCCCCGGAAGGAGGUGCUCGAGCGGUACAACGUGCUACAGUUCCACGAUCUGGCAUCGGCCGUGAAGGAGGGAAACGUGCGCCGGUUCGACGAGGCAAUCCGGCGGCAUGAGAUGUUUUUCAUCAAUGCGGGCGUUUAUUUGAUUGUGGAAAAGAUGAAGAUACUCACGUACCGGAAUCUGUUCAAGAAGGUGCACCAAACGCUGCAGACGCAUCAGAUCGAUAUGAACGCGUUCCAGACGGCACUGCAGUUUUCCGGUGCGGAGGACGUUUCCAUGGACGAGACGCACUGCAUCGUUGCUAACUUGAUCUACGAAGGACGUAUAAAGGGAUACAUUAGCUAUCAGCACAACAAACUGGUUAUAUCGAAGCAGAACGCGUUCCCGAGUGUGGUGGCCGCAUGAUCCAGGGAGGAGGAAGCUGGUGCAGCGCAAGAGGUGGUACUUUAACCGGAUUCAAUUGUAAGGCAUUUUAAUAACAUACACGAAGAAACAUGAUCACUCUUAAAGGUUCGUGUGUUACGCAUUUUUAUUGAAUUUGGGUUUGCUUUUAUCCCUUCCUUAACGGUUCCAUAUACCUGCUCAGUUCUUCAACAUGUUUUUCUUUUUAUAACGUCUUCAAGUUGCUUCUUAAUAACACUAAAAUCAUCCUCCGCGCGAGUGAAAUACAUAGCCAAUCGAGGGAAUCUGUUCCCUUCGCUUCAGGUGAAAUUCCAAAUUUUAAUUUAACUUCCAUUAUAAUAAUCCUUUUUCUCGCGGGCUCAUUUGCAUAAAAAAGAUAUCGUGCAAGGCUCGACGACAGGAGCGUAGCAGUGUGAGAAAACACGGUCAAAGCAAGCAUAAAAGCGCUUUUCUGAUGGUAUCCAUUAGUAA